AUGUCUUCCCGAUUCUUCCACGGCGGCGAUAGUGACAGCGAGUCCAGCUCCUCCGACGAGGAAGAACUCUACGGUACCCAAGAACAACCCUCCGAUGAGGAAGAAUCCGACGAGGAGGAAGAGGAUGCGGACGACUCCGGGGACGAUUCUUCCUCUGAUGACGACGCCAAAGGCAAGGGUGCCUCUUGGUUCUUGAGAGGCGACGCAGACGACAGCGAUGACAGUGACGAUGAAGACCGAGAGCGGGUCGUCAAGUCCGCCAAAGACAAGAGACUCGACGAACUUGAGGCUAUCAUCAAACUGAUUGACAAUGCUGAGAAGAUUGGAGACUGGGCCGUUAUCAACACCGAAUUCGACAAGCUGAAUCGGCAAGUUGUCAAAACCAUGCAAGGCGUGACCCCUCCCAAGAUCUACAUCAGGAAGAUCACCGAUCUCGAAGAGCUGGUCAAGGAGACGAACGAGAAACAGAAGGCUGCGGCCAAGAAGAUGAAUGCGACCUCCACCAAGGGUUUCAACGCCAUGAAGCAAAAGAUCCGGAAGAACAAUGCCACUUAUCAAACCGAGAUCCAGAAAUACCAGGAUGACAAGGAUGCUUAUAUGGAAGAAGAGGAUGACGACGAGCCCCUCGACGUUGCGCCCAAAGAGAAGAAGAGCAAAGUGCAGCGAAUUGAUGCGCUCGAAGCAGCGAUUGAUGAAGAGGGUUGGGGCACCGUCGGCCGUGGUGGCAAAGCCCUGGUUUACACUCCUGAAAGCAUCUUCAAACACUUAAGGACGAUCAUCGAGUCCCGAGGCAAGAAGAACACCGAUCGGACGGAACAGAUCCGCAUUAUGGAAAAGCUGCUCGAGGUGGCCAACACGCCCUACCAGAAGAUCCGAGUCCUGCUAACCCUCAUCUCAACACGAUUCGACGUCAUUGGCACAUCCACCCAAAACUACAUGUCACAGGAUGCCUGGAAGUCGGCAGAGCGGGAAUACGCUUUGCUACUUUCGACUCUCGAGGAAAACCCAACGUGGAUCGUAGUUGAAGGAGCUGAGGAGUGGGAGGACGACGACAAAGCUCCUACGCCAGCGAGCGGCGAGAUUUUCAAGAUUCCUGGUUCUGUCAUAUCCUUGGCCGAGAGACUGGGCGACGAACUCACACGGUCUCUGCAGCAGACUGAUCCUCACACAGCCGACUACAUCGAGCGGCUAAGCGACGAACAAGCUCUGUACAAUGACAUCCUUAGAUCCGUUGUCUACGCCGAGCGGAUCAAGAAGACUCUGAAGGAAGACUCCCGGCAAGACCCCAUCAACCGAAUCACCAUCCGCCGGCUUGAGCAUAUUUAUUUCAAGCCCGUACAAGUUGGCAGAAUUCUUGAGGAGAAGGCCUGGGCUGCUCUACCAUCAAACUUGGAUUGCGAUAUCACUCCCCGAGGAUCCAAUGCCGAGGUUGCGACGCUGAUUCAAACUCUCUGCAACUACCUCUUCGAGAACAGCGAGGGCAUUAUCCGGGCUCGCACCAUGCUGUGUGAGAUCUACUUCCUGGCACUUCAGGAUAAUUACUACAAGGCCCGCGAUCUUGCUCUGAUGUCUCACUUGACCGAGAACAUCUCGUCAUUUGAUGUCAGCACACAGAUCCUCUUCAAUCGCACGCUCGUCCAGAUCGGCCUCUGCGCCUUCCGCGCUGGCCUAUGCUACGAAGCACAAGGUGUCCUGCAAGAGAUCUGUGGCUCUGGUCGGCAAAAGGAGCUCCUUGCACAAGGUCUCAUCAUGCAGCGCUAUUCGACCGUCACUCCUGAGCAAGAGCGCCUGGAGCGCCAACGCCAACUACCAUUCCAUAUGCACAUCAAUCUCGAGCUUCUCGAGUGUGUGUACCUCACGUGCAGCAUGCUUCUUGAGAUUCCUCUCCUUGCCCAGACUGGUUCUUCGCCGGACAUCCGCAAGCGCGUCAUCUCUAAGACCUUCCGCCGCAUGCUCGAGUACACGGAGAAGCAGGUCUUCCAGGGCCCGCCGGAAAACACACGUGACCAUGUCAUGCAAGCCGCCAAAGCGCUUGCGAAUGGCGACUGGAAGAAGUGCCAGGAGCUGAUUGCUAAGAUCGGCAUCUGGGAUUUGUUAGGUGCGGACAAGGAGCGCAUCAAUAAGAUGCUAGCGGCCCAGAUCCAAGAAGAGGGUCUACGGACUUACCUCUUCACGUACGCGCCGUACUACGACACUCUCAGCAUCACAACGCUAUCCGGCAUGUUCGAGCUAGAUAGCAAGCAGAUUUCUGCCAUUGUGAGCAAGAUGAUCUCUCACGAAGAGCUUGCCGCUGCACUUGACCAGGUCAACGACGCUGUCAUCUUCCGCAAGGGUGUCGACCUGAGCAGACUACAGAGUCAGGUUAUUACGCUAUCCGAGAAGGCCAUGGGCAUCCUCGAGGGCAACGAGAAGGUUCUUGAGACGCGGACAGCAGGCAUGACCAAUGCUUUCCAGAGAGACCAGGGCCAAAGAGGACGUGGUCGCGGCCGGGGUCGUGGCGGUCUGGGCGGAGGUCUGGGACGUGGCGGUGGCAGACAGCCCGGUGGCCAGCAGUUUAGCGGUGGUGCAUUGGGCAAUGCGAUCAAGACUUAG